CUCAUAGCUUAUAACUGAUGCCCUGAGUUCCUGCGAAAAACCGUUCUCCUUUCUCCUUCCUUGUGCCAAUUCAAACUCAACUUUCUGUUCAUGGAAAUGGAAGAUUGGUAGUGAUCUUCUUCUUCACCCGUUUUUGAGGUAGCGAUCUUCCUCUUCACUCGUUUUUGAGGUAGCGAUCUUCGAGUAUUCACCCAAGCAGAAACCUCAAAGUAGUCGAAAGUAAUUGGCUCUCUCCCCUAUUAGAGGUUAGGGUUUUCAUCUCUCUCCCUGCAUCUGCAACUGCAACUGCAACUAGGGCUUAAUCUUCAAGAUUCAUAUAUUAGCCAUGACAAGGAAAAGAAAAUCAACAGCUAAGGCCAUCGAAAUAGGAAUCAAAGGAAAACAAAUUCAACAAAUUCAAGAAAUGGGUCCUUUUAUAUCAGAUCUUCCAAAGUCUGUACUUCAAGAUGUUCUAACAAAGCUGCCGAUAAGGAGCAUUAUCAUGUGCAAACGUGUCUGCAAGGCUUGGUAUUCUCUGAUUUCAGACCCUGAAUUUGCUAAGCUGCACCUUGCACAAGCUGAGGCCUGUCCUUUGGUCAGACCCUCCGCCCCAACACGCGUGUCAAGGACCGUUUACUUGCUUGAGCCGGAAGAGAAGUCUGAUUUUGACUUGAAGGACUUUGUCGGUGAUGGUGGCACAUCGGAGUGUAUCCACUUUCACCUCCGAAUGAAUUUUUGCAAAUUCAAGAUCCCUUUGCGGAAUGCUGACCAAGCCAUCCAUGCAAUGCGUAAUAGGAAAGGUAGAACUAAAAGGAAACCUUGCAUUAAGUUGGAGCCAUUGGAUCACAAAUACAUGUAUGUGAAUUCGUGUAAUGGCUUGCUUUUCUUGGCUGAAACAUUCUACAACGAUCCUCUUGUUGUGUGCAAUCCAAUAACGGGUGAAUUUUUACAACUUCCUGAAUCUUCCAAGGAUGAGAGUCAAGAGAGAUUAUCCAUACGCUGUGCAUUAGGUUACAGUCCGAAGACUAACCAAUAUAAGGUGUUGAGAGUCUUUAGUCAAGGAACACCCAAUCUAGUUCGGAUGGUUGAGUUGUACACACUUGGGCAGCGUUCAUGGAAAUCUCUUGGUACUGCUCCCACGUCAGCAGCAUAUAUGCUAUUGACAUUGCCCACCUAUCUUAAUGGAGAGCUUUAUUGGUUUUACUAUGAGAGUUCAUAUGAGAUAGCUUCUUUUGACUUUGACAAUGAGCAAUUUCACUCAGUUCCAACACCUCCUUUUGAACUGGAGGAAUGUCAGCAUGUGAGCUUGGGACUUUUGGGAGGUUCUCUUUGUGUAUGCUAUGCUCAUGAGAAUUGUAUCAAUGUGUGGGUAAUGGAAGAUUACGGUACACAAAAAUCUUGGACCAAUAGAUUUUCUAUUAAGACUGAUGAUGGUGUGUGGUGGCCAAAUGGUUUAUAUGAACCAAUGAGAUACUUAAAAAAUGGGGGUUUGUUGAUGUUUAACCAUUCUACUGUCACCUUGAUUUACUAUCACCCAAGAAACUACAGAUCGUUAAUUUAUCUUAAGCUUCGUGGGUUUAGUCCAUAUUUUGAAGCAAUUAGUCAUGUUCCAAGCUUCAUUUCUCUCAAGGACAUUUUGAUGGGCAAUGAUGUAGAAGUACUCAAUAUAAAUUCAAGGUGUGCAGAGUGCAAGCUUCCCGGAGAGACUAGAGGUCUUGAUUUGGUGAAUUUGGAUGCAGACAUAGCAUCAGAUGAUCGUUCUUUUAAGGAAUUUAGAAUGAAACAGGGAUUCUACCGGUGGCAAUAAUGCAGCCUUACAGUGGGCUAAAUAACUUCUCAUGGAGUGGCAACUUUCAACCUACAUCUGGAGGGUUUGAGUUUUUGAGUUUUUGAGUCAAAUACCCUGAACCUUGCUUCCCCUCUAACCUAAAGUUACCAGCUAAUGCAUUGUUCUCUUGGGUACACUCCGAAUCAGAUUAGGAGAAUGGAGGAAUCAGUUUGGAUUCGAAAAACAGCUGAACCGGUUGAGCUCAUUCGAUUGGUAAAGGCAAUAAAGAAGGAGCUUUGCAGAGAGGUAGUGGUUGAAUUGCCACAGCCUUUGAAACUGAAGAUAACCAAUGAGAUAGUUGAGAGGUUGAAAACCUUGAGGCCCAAAGCAAAUGUUACUGAGGAGAGAGAAGAUCAAAUUUUGCCUGGCGGUGCCGCCUCCACCUGAAUGCCAUGCGGAAGUUCAUACAGAUUAUGAAGGAUCUCUAAAUUAAGAUACAAGCCUUAGCUUUAGCUUUUCACCGGUUAGGGUGAGCUUGGAUCAAGGUAAACGUGCCAAGCCUAAUGAAAAGAGAUGUAAUAUAUGGCUAUACUGCCUGUUUGAAAGCAUUUGCCAUUCUCCAGAUAUCUAUGAGCAUAGACUUGGACAGUGCUGGCUGAAAUACGCAGAAACGCUGAAACUCAAUUUUAAGGACAAGUAUCCUGAAUCAUACAGAAACUCCCAUCCAUCUGCACCACUUCUUGUUCCUUGGGCCUCUGGCAUUGUUGGUCCAUGAUAGGAUUUCACCAGAAAAAAAGGACAAACCCUUGUCAUUGUAAUGUGACCUACAAAGGCUACCAAUGCUUUGAAAAUAUCACAAAACACAUGCAGAUAGCUUCACUGGAAUCUAUAAUCAUGGUCUCCCUGGGUUUAUAUACUCUUGUUCCUUUCAAAUUGUUUGUAAGAGAGUGGGGUGGAGUCACUGAAGGUUAAGCUAUGCCCCAUGCUUGUUUGUUCACAAGUCAUUUUUUAUAA